GAUUAGCAAGUACGUACUACUAUUUGUGAUAUAUAGUGAGAGAAAAUAGUACAGAUGCAAAGUACAAAAUUAGCUGAUCAAGUAGGGAUGAGUAGUACUGAAGUUUCAGAGGAGACGCAGCAGCAGCCGUUGAUAGCAGGUCAGGAGAUCAGAAAGAUGAAGGUGAUGGUGGCAGUGGACGAGAGCGAUGAGAGUUUCUACGCUCUCAAGUGGGCCCUCGAUAACCUCUUCAGGUCUGCUGCUGCUGCAGCACCUGAUCAGCCGCCGGCCAACCAGGAUGAUCAGAUCACCGUUGUUCACGUCCAGCAACCCUUCCAGCCCUACAUCUACCCUGCUGGACCUGUUGUAUAUGCAACACCUACAGUGGUGGAAUCUGUAAGGAAGGCCCAAGAGGAAACUGCUGCUAUCAUACUCACUCGUGCAUUACAAAUGUGCAAAGAAAGGAUGAUCAAAACAGAAACUUUAAUUCUCGAAGGAGACCCGAAGGACAUGAUUUGUCAAGCUACAGAGCAAAUGCACGUUGAUCUCUUAGUUAUGGGCAGCCGCGGUCUUAGCAAGAUUAAAAGGGCCUUUUUGGGGAGUGUAAGUGACUAUUGUGCACAUCAUGCAAAAUGUCCCAUCCUCAUUGUAAAGCCACCCAAGGAGUCCCAUAAGUAAUUGUGGGGGUAUUUUGGCCUUCAAAAUGUACGUUGUGAAAUGUAAUAAUGUAUGUGAAGCAUAAUUGCUAUGAUGUAAUGUAAAAGAAGCUACUCUAGUAGUUUUUGGUUGCAACUAAAAAUGGAACUUUGCUUAAUCCAAAUAAGGGAUCCUUAUGUCGGGGUCCCAUGUGCUUUCUCUAACGUUGUUUUGCAUGAGAAUGACCUUUUACUGGAUUAUAUGCUGACGUUGAAAUUAUAUGUAUUAGUUGGCCUUUAAAU